AUGUCUAAAAAGUACACCCUUCAUUACUUUGAUGGUCGUGGUCGCGGAGAACUUAUCCGUUUGUUGUUUGCAAUGAAAGAUAUGUCGUUUGAGGAUGACCGUAUUAAAUUUGAAGACUGGCCAAAACUCAAAGCAAGAACGCCUUCUGGACAAUUGCCUUAUAUGGUGAUCGGGGAUAAAGCAUUUGGACAAAGUAUAGCUCUGGCCAGGUUCUUCGCUAAGGAAUUUGGACUGUAUGGGAAGGAUAAUCUUUCUCAACUAGGAAUUGACGAAAUCCUCGACGACGUUGUAGACUUCCGAAAUUUCAAUGUUAAAAUCAUGUUUGAGCCAGAUGCAGAGAAAAAGGCUGAACUCCAAAAGAAACUCGAAGAGGUAACAGGGCCAGCUUUCAUGAAGAAAAUGGGGAAGAUAUUAAGUGAUAACAAAACUGGCUUCCUUGUUGGGAAUGCGUGUACGGUGGCUGACGUUGCAUUGUUUGAUAUUAUGAACGGAAUGGCCAUGAAUCCCGAUGCAGAGAAGACUUUUUCGACGGCACCAAACGUCAAAGCGCACAUGGAAAAGAUCCAGGCAAUUCCGGGCAUAAAGGCAUGGUUGGAUAAGCGACCAACUACACAGUUCUGA